UUAAUGACAAAGGCAUUAGACUUGUGUGACAAAUGUGAACAACUUUAUACUAAAAUUCAAAUCAUCAAUGAUAUAAAAGCUAAACAAAGACUUUAUACUGAAUUUGAGCUUCAUAAUGCAGCUGCAAUG